ACAUCGUUGAAAUUGUAAAGAAGUAAAAGUAUACUUACUUUUUUGUACUUUAACCCUAAAUAAAACAUCUAAAAUAACUAAAAAGAUUACUUCUCUACAUUCACGUGUUUACUAUCAAUUUAGGACACCUUUAUUUCUGACGUCAUAUUAAAAUUAUUGUAGAUGACAAAAAGGAAAAAUAACAACCAUUGCCAAUUGUAAGAGGAAAAAAAAAGAAAAUAUGUAAAAUGACCAGCUGAGGUGGCAAAGAAAGAGGAGUGGGUGAGUGGGUUUCUUGUAUUUUUGUGGGGCGGUGAACUGAAGCAAAAACACAUUACACUACAUUGUCAAUUGCAUAUGCAAAGGAGUGAGCCACCAAAUCAACCAAAUAAGCUUUUUCCGGUCACAAAAGAACCAUCAAAGGUUGCUCCUCUACUCCUACACUUUAUUGUUUACUCUAUCCUCCAAUCCCAAGAACUGUUGAGGCAGGAAGUAAGUGACUCAAAGCUCUUCCAAGAAACUGAUUCUGAACCUACCUAUUCCAGGAAAUGCAAGCACCAGUGCGUCCCUAGUUUCUAACCAUCUCUCUCGUUUUCUUUCUCUUUCUUUUUCUUCUUAUCCAAACACACCAACUUCAGGCUUUUUGCAGACAGGCCGAAAGGUAAAGAAUCUAACACAUGUUGUUCAUUUAGUUUUUAAUGUUUUUGGUUUAGAACUUGCCAUUGAAAUCUUUUAGUUGCAUAAUCAUAUUCAAGAAUGCGUGGACUUAAAUUCUUAGAUAGAUUUAAGGGUACCCAAAUCCACGCCUUAAGCACUUCAGAUACUAACUCUGCUCCGAAAUCCAAAUUUACCGGCUCUUUUUCUCUUCCUCACUUUCUCCUUCCGUAUGGUCUUCCUACGACUGACCUCCUUGAACCCACCAUAGACCCUCACUUAAAACCUGUUUACUAUGUCGAAUCUCUUGCUGAACUUUAUCGCCGCCUCAACUCUUGCUUACAAUCGGAUAAAUCAUUGUUAUGCAUUGAGCAGUACUCCCUCUUGCACGACUUGGGUGAUCCAAAGUUGCUUAGGAGGUGCCUCUGUGCUGCCAGGCAAUUUGCUACUGAUGUCUUCUCUAAGGUUGUGCUUUCUGCUUGGUUAAGGUUUGAGAGAAGAGAGGAUGAAUUUAUUGGUGUUUCAUCCAUGGAUUGUACUGGUUAUGUUCUUGAAUGUCCUAUUGCUGCUUUAGUUUCUGGGUAUGAUCCUGAUUCAGUUUCUAAACAUUGCCAAUGUGGUCAACAUUGUCCUGAGAUUGUUCAUAAUCGUACCUUGAUACCAAAUGAUGAUUGCUCGAGUUUAGAGGAUGAUGAUUAUGAAGGCGAUGGUGUUUCUUUUUGUAUAAAUGAUGAGUUGGUUCAUUGUAUUAGAUUUAAAAUUGCUGCCCUUUCUAGCCCAUUAAAAGCAAUGCUAUAUGGUAGCUUUGUUGAGUCAGGAAGGGGUAAAGUUGAUUUUUCAAAGAAUGGAAUAUCUUUGGAGGCAAUGAGAGCUGUUGAAAUGUAUAGUAGGACUAGAAGAGUUGAUAUGUUUUCUGCUGACAUUGUUUUGGAGUUGCUUCCUUUUGCAAAUAGGUUUUGCUGUGAGGAAAUGAAGUCUGCUUGUGAUGCUCAUUUGGCAUCUUUGGUACAUGGGAUUGAGGAUGCAUUCAUUCUUAUUGACUAUGGUUUAGAAGAAAAGGCAAAACUUCUAGUGGCUUCCUGCUUGCAAGUGUUGCUUAGGGAGCUCCCAAGUUCAUUAUAUAAUCACAAUGUGAUGAAAGUAUUCUGUAGCUCUGAGGCUAGGGAGAGAUGGGAGAUGCUAGGACGUGCUUCGUUUUUACUGUAUUAUUUCCUAAGUCAGGUGGCUAUGGAAGAGAAUAUGGCAUCAACCACAACCAUCAUAUUGUUGGAAAGACUGCAUGAAUUUGCAACAGAAAAGUGGCAGAAGGCACUUGCUUUGCAUCAGUUGGGUUGUGUUCACCUUGAGAGAAAAGAGUACAAGGAUGCCCACUUUUGUUUUGAGCAAGCAGUUAAGGAAGGUCAUGUUUAUUCAGUGGCUGGUGUUGCAAGGGCUAAGUACAAGCAAGGGCAGCAGUAUUCAGCUUUUAGGUUAGUAAAUUCUAUUAUUUUUGAGUAUAAGCCAGUUGGCUGGAUGUACCAAGAGAGAUCUCUAUGUGGCAUUGGGCGUGAAAAGAUUAUUGAUUUAAACACUGCCACGGAACUGGAUCCAACCCUGUCAUUUCCAUAUAAAUACAGAGCUGUCAUGAUGAUGGAAGAGAAGCAGAUUAAGCAAGCUAUCUUAGAGAUUGGUAAAAGCCUUGCAUUCAAGCUGUCACCUGAUAGCCUCGAAUUGCGGGCUUGGUCCUUCAUGGCACUUGAGGAUUAUGGAAGUGCGCUAAGAGAUGUUCGAACAUUAUUAACUUUGGAACCUAAUUAUAUGAUGUUUCAUGGGAGGAUGAGUGGUGAUCACUUGGUUGAACUACUCAGCCAUCGGGUUCAACAGUGGAAUCUGGCUGACUGCUGGAUGCAACUUUAUGAAAAAUGGUCAUGUGUUGAUGAUGUUGGUUCUCUGGCUGUCAUACAUCAAAUGUUGGUAAAUGAUCCUGGGAAGAGCCUAUUACGGUUUCGACAGUCUUUACUUCUUCUACGGUUAAAUUGUCAAAAGGCUGCAAUGCGCUGUUUGCGGUUGGCUAGAAAUCAUUGCAGUUCAGAUCAUGAAAAACUGGUUUAUGAAGGAUGGAUUUUAUAUGACACUGGCCAUCGUGAAGAAGCUCUGUCUAGGGCUGAGAAAGCCAUUGUGAUCCAGAGGUCAUUUGAAGCUUUCUUCCUCAAGGCAUACAUAUUAGCUGAUACAAAUCUGGAUCCUGGAACAUCAUCUUAUGUUAUUCAGCUCCUCGAGGAAGCUCUUCGAUGCCCUUCAGAUGGUCUUCGGAAAGGACAAGCAUUGAAUAAUUUAGGAAGUAUAUAUGUGGAUUGUGGCAAGCUGGACCAGGCUGCAGACUGCUACAUGAAUGCACUCAAAAUCAAGCAUACAAGAGCUCAUCAAGGAUUGGCGCGUGCCUAUUAUUUGAAAAACCAAAGGAAAGCUGCAUUUGAUGAGAUGACCAAGCUAAUAGAGAAGGCACAUAAUACUGCAUCAGCAUAUGAGAAACGGUCAGAAUAUUGUGGCCGUGAGAUGGCAAUGAAUGAUCUUAAUAUGGCAACAAAGCUGGAUCCACUACGAACAUACCCGUAUAGAUACAGGGCAGCUGUUCUGAUGGACGACCAAAAGGAAACUGAAGCUGUAGAAGAGCUUGCUAAGGCCAUAGCUUUUAAGCCCGAGUUGCAAAUGCUUCAUCUUCGAGCAGCAUUUUACGAGUCAAUGGGGGAACUCUCCUCUGCUCUGCGAGAUUGUGAGGCAGCUCUCUGCCUGGACCCCAAUCACACAGAUACACUUGAUCUGUACAAUAAAACACAGCACCGGAUUGCUCAUCAGUAAAACGUUCAGGUUAUUGUGUUAUUCAUGCGAUAAACUGUACCUUGGUAUUAUACUCGAGGACAAGAAGUCAGUAGUUUCUGGGCUGUUCUUAUAUUUGAAAAACAUGAUCCAUAAGAGCUUUCAUCAACAAAGUUACAGUAUGCAGGGUGGAAUGUGUCAAGCUGAAGCAAUGGAGUAAUAUGUACAUGUGGCAUAAUGGAGUUGGUAGAAAUGUCAGAGAAGAAUACUGCAAAUAGUCCUGGGGCAAAUUCGAAUUUUUGAAACACUGUAUAUUCAAAGUUCGCAACUUUAUCAGUUAUCAUAUUCAGAUGUAGAUCAAAAUUCUCAAGUAAUUUCUUGUCAUUGUUUCUCUAGAACAUUGUAGGUUUCAAUUCUCGUUUUCUAUAUGUGUUCUAACUUUUUUUUUUCUUUUACCAUUAUUAUCUUUAAAUUGUUAAUCUUGUAUAUGAAUAAAGUCAGAAAAUGAUAUGAAUCUCA